AUGGACGUUGAAAGCAGCCAGAAGAAUGUCGACCGCCUAGCGCGAAUCCGCGAAAAUCAACGUAAAAGUCGGGCACGAAAGCAGGAAUACGUGCGAGAGUUGGAACAGCGCCUGUUAUCGUACAAGAAUGAUGCGCAACAGAAGGACAUCCAGCAUCGCCUGGCUACCCAGAAAUUGGAGGCAGAAAACCGCCAACUGAAGGCGCUGCUCGGAUCCCUCGGAAUCUCAGCUGAAUCGAUUCAGCAAUACCUUCAGCUUGCGCAUCGAGGUAUGGCUUUCAAUCAGAAAGUUGCCAUUCCCGCGAUGCAGAGACCGACAGAACCGAGAGCUCCUUCACCGUCGGGGUUGUCAGAGACCGAUCGACGAAUUGAUUCCAAGCGCACCAGUGUGUCGAAUCAGCAGCAGCAGCAGCCAUAUCCAUACCCGCAAGCAGCCGAAUCACAACUAGAGCCGCCUUCGCAACAAGAGCAGCAGUCACAGCAAGAGACGCAAUUGCGACCUCUGCUUCUGCAAAAGCAGCCCGAGGGCCUGUCACAUCCAGCAGAGCAGCAGCGGAAGGAAAACAAUCCAUCUUUCUGCCAAUGCGGCCCCGGAGAUGAUUUGCCCGCGGGCGAGGGUGACUUGCUCAAUACGACUCUGUGCGGUAUGGCCGAGGAGCUCAUCAACCAGUACAAUACAGUUGGUAUUGACAUUGACGAGAUUCGCAAGAUGCUCUGGGCUGGCUUCAAAGCCGGAGCAACAGGAGAUGGCUGCCGUGUAGAAAAUCAAGUGCUCUUUCAGGUUUUGGACGAAAUCAGCAACGGCAUAUGA